AUGGCGGCUGCACCACACCGAGGGCAGGGAGGAGUAAGACGGCAGCUGCACUUCCCCGAGGGCACUCUCAGGACAGGGAGGAGUAAGAUGGCGGCUGCACCUCACAGUGAGCGGGUGGAAAAAGAUGGCGGCUGCGUGCUGACUGGCAAGUCUGGGACCGUCACCAUGUACCGGACCCCGGUGCGCCCAGCUCAGUCCCCGGACUGGACGGAAGACAAUAUCACUGAAAUACAUCAGAGCCCGCCUAGCUGGGCCGACUCCUCUUCUCCGGGCAGACCACAGCGCUCCAGGUCCCGGGGCCGCUCACCAGGCCGGUCUCACCGUUCCAGGUCUCGGGGUCGCUCUCGUUCUCGCUCCAGAUCCCGGGGCCGUUCCAAGUCAAGAACGAGGCGCUCCAGAUCCCGGGAUCGCUCCAGAUCCAGGCCGCGGCGCUCCAGGUCCCGGGGCCGGUCUCGCCGCUCGCCUAGCGAAGAGUCCCGCUACUCUUACGAGCCUCGAAGCUCUCCUGGCUUCCGCUCCGCUGCAUCCAGUGACCCGUCUGCUCCCCACAAUGAUCCGCUGCGCAUGCGCGCCGAAGAGCGCACCUGCCCCAGAGCUCUGGACAGGUAUGAUGGAGGGUCUGUUGGUCCGAGACCGUCCGGCUCUGGCCCUGGGGAUGUUCCCGGCAAAUACCAUGCAGUCGGCGAGCUGCCUCCGUCGGGGUAUCCUCCCGUUACUCCGAACUUCCAGGCUUGGGCAAAAGAUUUGAAGCGGCCCCCAGAAGAGCCGCUUCCCAUGCCCAAGAAAUCCAUCCUGAAGAAGCGCCCAGAAGUGGAGAGCGUAAACACGGCCGGCGGGCAGAUCAAUAGUUACUCGAGCCACAAGGAGACGUCCAGCACUUGCCUCUUCCCGUCGGCUAAUCCUUCCCUCGUGGAAAGAGCCGCAGGUUCCUCCUCCUCCAGCAGCGCGGGUGUCACAGGCGGGGCGCUAGCAGACGGUACAUCUACCUUACUGAAGACCGGAGCUCCAGCCAAUCAGAACAGCCCAACCGGAUCCGCUGCCAUCAAGUCCAGUCUAGGGCCAAACGUGAUCAAUGAGUCGGGUUUUCCGUGCAGUAACUCCAUCCUCGCCUCGGGAGAAAUCGCACCGCCGGCUACAGCCAAUAACCAGACCUCGAGCGGCGGCGGCGGCACCCAACUCGGCCUGGAGGAGACCAAGAGCAGCCAAUAUUCUUCUAAAAUGGGUAAUUUCUUGCACAUGUUUAACAAGAGCGCGUGUGAAGCCCAAGGCAUCCCUUACAACCCCUCCGCAAAGUUUCCCGACCCCAAAGGGGCUGCCCAGCAAAAAGCCCAACCCCCGAAGAGCGUGGUCUCAACGAAUGAGCCGCCGAAGGACAGCGGGAACAACAUGGCGCCAUCUCCGAAGAGGGCAGAAACCAGCAAACCGCCAGAGAAGAAAUUCAGAAGCCGUGCGGAAAUAGAGGAUGAGGAGAGGUUCUUAUACGGAGACGAGGAGUCAAAGAAACCAACCCCCGGGGCUGUCAGUCGGCCUCCAGCUUCAGCUGCCCCCAAACCUGUUGUCCAUAACCCCCCAGCUUCAGCGCAGUCUGCCCCGAGUCCCACUCCUCCAGCUCCUUCUACUUCAGCGCCAAAGAACUUGGCCAACAAGCAGCAGUACGAGAAGAUCCACGACCUCCUAAAAGCCAUCGGUCUCGAUAUCGGCGUGGCGGAAAUCGGCAAAUUAGCCGUAAGAACUCAGGAGAGGCUUCACGGAAAGAAGAGCCUCCCCGGGAGCUCCCAGCAGACGCCGGAGUGCCGGCCUAGUGUAACUGACCCGAAACCCGCUGACUCGAGACCCCGGAAACACGAUAUGUCCCCCGCCGCCAGGAGGAGAGAGCCGGAGUCUCCCACAACUCACGAGCUGGACGCCAAGCCGAUACCCAGGCUCAGAGAUCACACUCCCCCGGCCACUCAGGCCAUUCCUUCUCUGUCCGAGCCGACCCCGGCACCCAUCAGUCCCUCGCAGAUGCAGGUUUAUUCUCCUUACCCCUCCGGUGCGCAGAUCAUGCCGAGCUACGGCAUACCCCCUCCUGCCUACAAUCCCUACACGCCCUACGUCGCCUAUCCCACCUCCAGCUGGUCGGUCUAUCCGCAGGUUCACCAGCCCUCCCCCACUCACGUGCCGCCGCCGCCAACGCUCUCUCACAUGGUGGUGUCCCAUUCCACGACUAUCAGUCGCAGCAACUUACGUGUCAUUGAAACGAGUGAGAAUGCAGAAGUUCUCGCCGUGGGGAAAAAAGAAGCCCUGGCCGUGCAGGUGCAUCAGCUGAUAGAGAAGCAGGAGGCAGAGCGCAAUAACAAGGAGAUAGAGAAACAGAAGGUCCUGGAAGAGCUGGAUGACUUAAGGAAAGAACAGAGGACGAAGACCGCGAGUUUAGACUCUCUGUGCGCCAAGGUGGAGCAGCUGCGCGUCCAGCAGGGCAUCCUUCUGCGGAAGAAGCGCCGGGAAAAGGAUGGGCACAAAGACCCCCUUCUGGAGGAGCUGAACAACGCGGUGGAGAACGCGCAGAAGCAACUGUCCGUCCUGCGCAAGGAGCUGCAGGCGGCCAUUCAGAAGCAGCAGCAGCUCACCAAGGUGGCGGAGAUUUUGGGAGCUGCCCCUGCCGAGUUAGCAGACAGGCGUUCGCCGGCCCACGCUCCCAAGAAGGUCAUCGGCCCCACCGUACACUCCUCCAGGGACUCGGGAAGCCACUUUAGAAACACAAACGACACCAAAUCCAAAGAAGACUCAAAGAGCGACCCAAAACCUAGGAGCACUCCUCCGAAAUCCGACCAGAAGAAGACAUCGUCGCGGUCCAGAGCCUCCAGCUCCCCGAGCCCCGAGGUGAAGGCCAGGCCUAAAAGCCCUCGCCCCGCCGAGCCGGCCACCAAGACUACCUCCAAGGAGCCGCUUUCCAUUGACCUGUCUCAGUUGUUUGAGUAUUACGAUGAAGGUUACCACUGGUGCGAGGAUUGCGACUCAGUCUGCACGACCGUCAUCGACUACCUGCUUCACAUGCACAGUAAAAAGCACGUCCAGAUGUCCAACCCACCCAAGCGCCCCUGGGCAAAAAAGACGGAGGGUGAAGCGAAGCCCCCAGGGAGGCAGACGCUGGCCGUUCCCAUGAAAGGCCUCGAGUUCUUGUUUCCUACUAACGGCUUCUACUGCCAGCUCUGCGAGGAGCAGCUCGCCGAUCAGACCUGCGCCGAGCAACACUUGAGAACGUUUGCUCACAAUGACAAGUAUAAGAAAUAUACGGAUGACAACCCUCAAUACGAGCAGAAGAGACAAAACAAGCAGAAGGCCGUCGCGGAGGAGGCGCUGCACAAGCAGAAAGACGAACAGAAGCGGAAGCUCUUCGAGCAAUUUAAUGAAUCCGCAGGAGAAAGCAAAUUCAAAAGGGCCAGAGCGGACAACGAGGAGGAGAGCGCCAAGCAGAAGGAGAGCGCCAAGCAGAAGCAGAGCGCCGUCGCCCCGCCGCCCGCUAAACCAGAUGCCCGGCAAAACCUGAAACCCGAGAGAUCGGAGCUGGGGAGGACGCAGUCCUUUGGGAAGUUCUCCUGGAAAACCCAAGAAAGCAAAUCCCAGAAUGCGGCAGGCGAAGCCUCGAAGGACGAAAGUGCAGCCCAUGGCAAGCAGAAAGAGGAGGAAGGGAAGACUCCCGCGGCUCGCAACAAGAGCAUCGAAAUCAAACUCAUGGGUAAAGGCAGCGGUUCUCAUGGAAGCUCCAGCUCCUCGUCCACCGCUUCACCGAGCUUGGUACCGCAAACCAAAGUAAGGCCCAAUCUACCCGUCCCGAUAAGUGUGCUGAGAAAGUCUGGUGUUGCUCCGCUUAGCAAGCCAGCCCCUCUCAACGCGUUUUUAUCCAUCAAGUCAUCUUCCAAGUCCAGUUCCAAACCUUCGAAGGCUGAAGAGAUCUCUCAAGACGCUUCCAAGGCCUUUGGAGGGCAAGACAAAGAUAAAAGGGAAUCGUCGCAGAACCAAGUCGUUGGCAAAGCGGUCUCUGGGCCGGAGCUCUCUGCCAAAAAGGCACUUGAGUCCUCGAGUCAGAAGUCCGACCUCCAAAAGAUGCCUCCUCCUCAUGUCGGUGCGGGGACCCAGAGGGGCCGAUUCUCGGAAGCGUUUGAUAUGUUUCACAAGGACAAAGAUUCCGAGAAGAAGCUGAGUCCCAAUCUGCAUCCGGGCAGCUUCAAGGCGGCCGGCGCCAAGGCUGUGCAGAUAAAGAACGAACCUUCAGCCUCCAGGAGGAACGAGGGUUCCAAGUCUCCUCUAUCUGCACAGAAAGGUAACGUCCCCGAGACCCCACGCCUUGCGGCUUCUGGUAGCGUUUCACCGUCUUCCAAUAAGCCGUCCCAACGAGCGGCUGGCGUGGAGCCGACGCAAAGCGGUAAGACCCUGACAGGCAGCCAGCAAGCCCAAGCUAAGGCAGCUGCUAAUAAAUCCACCCUAAAGAGCCACCCCGUCAAUGCGGCUGCCAUUACACCACAGAAAUGUGCCCCGUCUCCGGUCAGUCAGCAGGGCAAAACCAGUCCCGUGGUAAUUCCCCCAGUAGACUCCGCGGGGGGGACCGGGUCGGUCUACAGUAACACGGCCAAGCUUAUUCAGAAGUUUAAAAGGGAGCCGCUGCCUCUGCCGACCUCUCUGUUCUGCCACGGUCCGGACAAACGAUCUUCCUCCUCUAGGGUUCCCAAUGCCAGCGGUAGCACCCCCAUAAUCUCUUCCAGGAACCAAACGGCCCCAGGACACGCGAGUGCCAGGCCUAGGUUCCAGGAGGGAAUUGAAUCCUACUACAAGCUAGUGGCCCCCGAAGAUGACCCUGAAGACGUAACCACUUCUGAAGACCAAGACGCUGAAGCUGAUUCUCCAGUAGGUUUGGCCGUUCUACCUGUCCAGCCGAAAAGCACAAUUCCAGAAAAGAAAGCCGACAAACCGCCUGUCACAGCGCAGGUCCCGGAGUCGGCCGACGAUUCCGACAUGGCUUGUGAGGAGGAAGCACCGGAGGCUCCGGACGUAACGGUUUUCACGGGUUCACCGAAAACGCACGCGACUUCUGCGGUCGCCAAAAGCCCGCUCAGGGCGGCCGGGGCCAGACCCGGGUCUCCCAACAGAGAAGAAGUGGAAAUGGACAUCUCUCCGGAAUAUUCCAUGGAGGACUUGGCUGUGAUGACCACGUGCGACUCAGAUUAA